AUUCCUCUGCCUUGUUGUGGGUCAUCCGAUCUGCAGGCUGGGCACUGGCUUCCCCUCUUUUACUUUCCCCCUCUGAUCAUCGCCUCCUCCUCCUCCUCCUCCCCACUUACCCACAACCUCUCCGGCUGGUGGUUCCUUUCCUUCCCUGCAAAGCUGGAGUGGAGGCUUUAAUUUCUAAGAGAAGAGAGAAGAGAGAGAGAGAGAACUUCUCAGGGACUCCUCUGCAGAUUACAGCUACACGGUGCCCCUCAGGGAGCAAGGCAACAUCUACAAGCCCAACAACAAGGCCAUGGCCGAUGAAAUCAACGAGAAGGAGUACCACGACGUCCACACCAAGGAGAUCGACUUGGUCAACCGGGACCCCAAGCAUCUCAACGACGAUGUGGUCAAGAUUGACUUUGAAGAUGUGAUUGCUGAACCCGAGGGAACCCACAGUUUUGAUGGAGUCUGGAAAGCUAGCUUCACCACCUUCACUGUGACAAAAUACUGGUUUUAUCGCUUAUUGUCGGCAAUCUUUGGCAUUCCCAUGGCUCUCAUCUGGGGCAUUUACUUUGCCAUCUUGUCAUUCCUCCACAUCUGGGCAGUAGUGCCCUGCAUCAGGAGCUACCUGAUUGAGAUCCAGUGCAUUGGCCGAGUUUAUUCUAUCUGCAUCCACACCUUCUGUGAUCCACUCUACGAGGCUAUUGGCAAAAUGUUCAGCUCUAUCAGAGCUACAGUACGGAAGGAAGUGUAAAUGAUGUUUCAAGGAACCUGAAGACUCUCAAGGCUGUCAAUGGUUAUCUGUAUCCAGCAGCAUCAGUUAUUGAAGCAAUCAACCUGAAUUCAGCCAAAGAAAUCACAAAUUUCCUUAAUCCCUCCUGAAUUUUAUAUUAUUCAAUGUUUUCAGGAGUGAGAGCAAUCUGUAUUUUUAAAGAAGAAAACCCCAAAUUUAAAUGGCUGCUUUUCCAUUCCUAUCUGCCCAAUGAUUUGCUGACCCUUUAACAAACUGACUCAUUGUUCUGCUUACCCCUUCUGUUCAUUUGUUGCAAUUUAAAUUCACAACAAUAUAAUAAAGAACUGCAAAAAAAUGCUUUCCAGCACUACUGUAACACUGCUCUUCAUUUUACUGUGAGCAAAAAGGGUCUAAAGCUGUUAACAGCAUAAUGAACAUGACAAGCUGGCAGAUUUUAAAAGAAUGUUCUUUUUUCAGAUGUAUUGUCAGUCAACUGUCGCUCUGUACUGUAGUGAGCUAUAUCUAACAGCUAUGAGGAGAGAGGGAGAAAGAGAUCUAAGUAAAUAACUAAUAUAUAUGCUCAGUGGAGAGAGAAAAAGAGAGAAAAUCAAAUGCCUUUGGGAAGACAGCACCUUCAGACACCUGCCUGUCCACAGAAAUCUACUGCCGUUUGUUUUCUCUGUCCUGUUUUAUUGUCCCUCCUAAAAGAUUAUUUGUAAGUUUUUUUGUAUAUCACUAAAAGGAACCACCUUACUGCGUUAAAAAAAACCUGAAUCAUUCAUCUAAUCCAGUAUCAUGAACUUCUGAUUGGUUGAUCUAGUAUCUGUAUGCUGAGUGUCCUCCACCAGAAUCGGAGAUGUCACACUAGCUUCUUUGCUGAACUCUGGAUCCUACAGAUUUUGAUAUUCAAGAUCAGAAUUAAGGUCAGAAUGUAUUUUCUACAACAGCACUUCUAUCAACAAUGCCCGCAAUGACGCAUCCCUUACUGUGCAGUGGUCUGUCCCUAAGGUAAUAUUGAAGAGACAAUCAACUUGUUUAAUGUGAAGUCGAAGGCUAAUCAACUUGUCAUGUGUUCACAGAUGUUUCAGAGUGGAUAAGCAAAUGUUAGUCCCUGUGGAGGGACUAAUAUUCUUUGCAAAAUGAUUCUCAAUGUUUAUUCAACUAAUGCAUAGUCAUGCCAACUAUGAACUUUGUAACAGUGGUAUGGUUGUUUUGUGCCAAGGGCCAGCUUUGCACUCCCUUGUCCACCCAGAUCAGCAUGCUGCUAGCACAUCCAUGCUUUGCUUACUUCACACUAUUUCACCACCACUUACUUCGCCACAAAAGCGAUUUCAACAAUACUACGUUGUGAUUCACUUCCACCUUUCUCCCCUCCUAAACUGAGCUGUACCCAUGAAUCAAGACAAUUUCAUGAAGGUAAUCUGAGGCCCAGUACAGACGGGCCAUUUGCGCUGAUACAGCGCAGCACUCAUAUGUGCCGAGCCCUAACAUCGGCACCAUCACAUAAGGCUGCAGCCUCGUCCACAUGGGGUGCAGCCUCGUGACGUAAGGGUCCCGAGCACCCAAAUGCUUCUGGGCAGAAGAGGUGUUAUAGGGCUGAGUUGCAGCCUUUAUGACGGCGCAAAAAAGGAGCCGCCUAGAGCAGCUCCUUUUGGAUGGUGUGUCUGGGCUGCAGCAUGAGGAUGCUGCAGCACAGACACGGAGCUUACAGGGGCGGCUUCUAGGUGCCCGUCUACUGCCCCUGGGUGAAGCUAACUGGAAAAAUACAGAAACAAAGCAUUUCCAAAUUAUUUUUCUUCAUACUGUGACCUGCUUGGUGGUUUUGCCAUUACCACAAUCUAACCAUGGUGAGAAAACAUCUCUGUUGGUUUCGCAUGAACCUGUUUGUUACUUUUUUAAAAAAUAGCAGUGAGGCUACAAUUUGCUGGGAUGCACUUCUUUCUGAACUCAAACUGAGGAAUUUUAAGGCUCAAGCUUAUUCUGGUUGAGAGACAAUCUCAGUGAGGGUUUGUUUAGAUUCUUAGCACAAAGCUUGCAGUGGCUUCCAGAUAGAGCAGUAGGUGUUAAGGAUAAUACUCAGCAUAGUUUGUUACACUGUGUAAUUGCUUUAGCUCCUUUCUUUUAUCUUUACAUUCAUAGUAUACUAACAGUGCAGUAAGCAAUAUUACCCAGAAGCAGUGGGUCUGGGGGCUGGUUUCCCCCACCUGGCUAUACCAUGGCUUCCCAUGCUGUUCCACUGUGAAAAUGUGGUAACAAACCAUACCAGCAGAUUUCAGCAACAAAGUGAAAAUGGCAUUAACCCAUGCAGGAAAUGCUUGUUUUAAUGGAUAUUUUUCUGGUUGCUUCUUGAAAAGAAGUCUAGUGAAUUCAGGAUGAUUAGGGCUGACCCAAGUUACUUUACUGCCUGAAGUGGAAUCCAAACAGUCCCUUCUCCCUUACCAGCCUUGCCAGUGCCAGGCAAGGUUUGUAUUCCUGAAAAUCUCACUUCCUGCUUUCAUAUGUGUUUCUAACUCCCCCCCCCCCCCAACGCUGUGAAGCAGACCACAUUUCCCUGCUGCCUGACAGGGCCAGCCCUGAAGGGGACAUACUCCGUAAGAAUGCAUGGGAUUAUAGCUUUUAGUUCACCAGUACUGCCCAGCUUGUGACUUGGAACCAUCCUAUAUUGUUAAAGUCUCUAUCUGUUUUCCUAUGUUAAAUUCAUUGCCACCAUUUCCCACAAGAUGUUUCCAUAAAUUUCCAUGGCAAUUGUGGUUAAACUGGUUAGGACAACAGGCAAUUACCCUGAUCUCAGGUGCUGUCCACAGGGCAUCCCUAUCACACAUCAACCCACUGUUUUAUUUUUAAAAGGGCCGCCUUUGUGUCCAUUUAAUAAAUAGCAUGAGAAUUGCACUGCGGCAUAUCUAAAUAUGUUUCCCUCAUAUUUCCCCCUUAUUGGUCUGUGAUCAUGACCAAGACAUCUAUUCACAUUUUUGUGACAAGAAAAUAGUAAUGUUUUACUUCUUGAAAGAUGCAAUUCUUCCCCCAACCAGAACAUUUAUUGCCGUAUUUGGCAUACAAUAAGGAAUGUGCCAGUUUCAACACUGGCAAGAAAUGCAUAAUCCCUAUUCCAUGCCACACACAAUUUUACAUCUUUUUUAAAAAGCUAUUUUUUUAAGGAUCUUUUUCUUACUACCAAGAAAUCUUGCCCAUUUUUACUUGAUCAAGGGAAUGCUCGUUAACUCUUAUAUCUUUCAAAUACUAGCACUGCAUUCACACUAUUUCCACCAGUAGCAGCAUCAUAUCAUUUCAUUUACAUUUUAUCCAUCAACAGCUUGUGGCGUGGGUGGAGUAUGUACAUACAACUCCCCGUAUUUUGGAGCAGGGCACACACACACACAUCUCAAGCCAUGAACUCUGCCAUUGCCACAUUUGUUAUUCUAUUCUCAUUGGCAGAACACAUGUCUUUCAUACUAAAUGCCCCAGGUUUAAUCCCCAGUAUCUUUAGGCAGCCUGUGCGACACUGAACAGCCAAUACCAGUCAGUGUCAAACAUAGUGAGCUAGAUGGACCAGUAGUCUCACUCAGUAUAAGGUAGCUCUGUGUUCCUAAUCUUGUACCCCACCCCCAGCAAAGCAAUUAUCCUCCAUCCUUCAACUUUAUGUAGUGCAAGCCAGAUCAACACUGGUGCAGAAUCUCAAUUUCUUCUUCAAAAAUGGAAAUACAGUCAUCCCUCCUAGUUUGCAGACUUCCCAUUUGCGGUCUAGAAUUUCUGUGGACGGGAAGCCAGGAGGGACAAAAUGGCAUGCACGCCCACUGGAGCGCAUGGCCAUUAUAUUCAAUGGAGCUUGGAUAUUUGCAGUUUUUCCUGAUUUGUGGGGGUUUGGAACAGAUCCCCCGUGAAUUGGGAAGGGUGACUAAAUAAAACAGGUUCAUUUCACCAUGGUGGAAAGACCUGGAAGAUGUGAUGCAAUACUGUAGCCAAGCCAGCUUGACCAUUGCUGCUAGAAAGUUUUAUAAAAGCACAUGCUCUGUAACAAGCUGUUUCCAUGUAGUUGCACACCUUUUAUAUUGUCAAGAAUAUGUUUGGUUUCCACAGAAAAUACAUCAAGCUGUCAGAGAAAAUACAGUAAGAUGAUGCCUACAUGAUUGGUAUUACUAAGAGUGCAAGUCACUACUGAAGACAAUAACAAAUUAAUUUCCAGGCAUUUUGACACAUGUGCUCUGUAGUAAAUGACCUACAAAGUUCAGUGGUCUAAUUUUUGAGGUUUUUCCUUUAUUUUUGGCACAUAAAUUACAAAUUAGUCACUAUUUCUCAAUCUCAAUCUCUCUUUCUCUCUCUCUCUCUCUGUUUUUGCAUUUUAAAAACAAACACUGGUCUGGCUAUAUAGUUUUACCUUUUUACUAUGUACAUAAGUGAGAGUGUACUAUUAGAUAUAUAUUUUGAGUACUGCAACACAUCUUUGGUGAGAAUGUAAACAAGAUAGAUUAUAUCUUUAACCUAAGGAAAAUCACUUUUGAAAUCGAUUGCAUAAAACUGUAUAUCCAGAAAGAGUUCCCAAAUGCAAAUAAAUUGCUGAUCCAGGAUAUUUACAAAGCUAUUGUAUGCUUACAUGAUGUUAAACACUUUUUUUAUUCUGCAUGUUCAACAACCAAAGCUACAAUCUGCACAAUAAAAGCUGUUUUAAUAGAAA